GACAUUGCGAAGGUCAAGACCACGGUGCAGAAGCACUCGGAGAAGAUCGUCGCGUUGGGGGCCCAGUGCGCCGAAGCCAUGCGCAUCGCGACUGGUACUGACCACAAGCUGAACGCAAAAGCUGAGGCCAAGGCGACUUGUUCAUCAGCAAAGGCGCCAUCAGACAAGGUCAUUCCGAACUUCAUCUUGUUACGGAACUUUGCCGACUGGGGAACAUGUAAACAGACCGGCAUUGAUCGCACCCGGGCAGAGCACCUCAUCACCGUGAUAGUCGCCAAGGUGCCGGCCACGACGAAGGAGAAUAUGUCCAAGGACCAGAUGAAGGUUGUUGGCGGUGGCAAGUCGGACACCAUCCAUCCUCCGGUGCGCCCUGGCUACGCGGACGAAGUGCAAGGCGACAUUUCGGCUGCGUUGGAUAGCCUGGCUUAUACCUACAACGGGCGCUCCAUUUGGGUACAGGUGGAACGCGAGCCAUGGAUCCAGAAGCGCUAUUCUGCUUUCGGCCGUGUCCGAGCGUUUCUCCAUCACGCAAUCGAGCAGGUGAUCGAUGGGGAGCGGGACACUUCCUUCCAGUGCACCUGGAUGCCCAACUUCGUCAUCAUGGCGAUCCGGGGGGGCGACGAAGCAGGCUAUAUCGACAACAACGCCGAGGUCCACUUCAGCGAAAACUGGGCGCAAGCGACUUUCGCGACCACAGCUGAAGAGCUCAAG